UGCCUGCCGUGUCAGGCUCGAAAUUGCAGCUAUCGUAAGGCUGGUUGUGAAGCUCGCCAUGCUGUAGCUCUGGUCAAGAACUGGCGAAACAAGCCGACAUUGUUGCCAUACGCCUGCUUAUAUUUACACAGGCAAAAGCGUACCCUGAUUAGGCUAAGAGGAAAACAGUUUACGCCGUAUCUCUGCGCAAGUUGUUUCCCCUCCCCCUAGAUCGCAAAUAGAAAUGUUCAUUGUAUUUUAUUGCCAUCAAAGUCGGCUACAUGCUAUGAACAUAAAACAGAUUACCAACCUGUUUUCGCAUAGGAGUGCCCCGGGGACGCCCGCCGUACGACAUAGCGUUGAGGGACGCUGUGGCGAGACGGCCAAAUCUGAGUUCGGGAAGCAAAUCAGAUUGAUAUACUUCGAGUGGGUUCACAAAACUGGCACCGUAGGAUUGCUACAAAACAUACUUUUAACCGGCUGUCUGGGAAUUCCGCACAGAUUUGCCUCCUUAUCCUUCUGAUAUGCAGCUGUCUUGUCCCAUUCCUUAAUACUGUGAAAGCAUUUGACUGAGGUGCUAUUGAUGGAGGAUUUAGAGUAUAUGCAACUUGACCGUUGCGCUGCGCAACUGGCUGCCUAUGGAUAGCCGCUGGCAUGGUUAAAGUGCACUGUAACCAAUGAGCACUGCGUCUUCUCCGCCAGCGAAUACGAGCACCGACCGCAUCCCCUGGUGGAUGCCGGGCGAGUCCACAGCUCUCCGCGUGGGUGUCUUCGUUGCCCUCUGCGUCUCGGCUGUCCUUGCGGUCGUAGCCGUCUCGUACACAAUGUGGCGCUGGCGCAAAUGGAUGCGGCGCCGGCGCCAGCCUGGUAGGCCCUGGGAAGCCCAAGGAGGCUCAAAGCCCUCUCCAAGAUCCGCCCGCAAUAGCAGCGGAGGCGGCGGCGGGGCCAGUGGGGGCAGCGGUAACGCCGCUCGUCCUGGCACGCAUGCGCCUGCGCACGCCAUCAGCAGCCCACGUGGACGUGGGCCACAAGGCGUGGUUACUGGCGAGUUGGCGGUGGCCGCAGGAGUCGGAGGGCAACCAGGGCGCGGCGGGGGCUCGCAGCAAUCACCCCUUCGCACAGGUGAAGAUACCCAGCAGCGCACCAACGAGCAAUCGCCCGGCCUGCCAACCCGCUGCUCAACUCCCCGCGCUCUUCGGGACCUGGACACUGCACGUCUUGAGGACAGCCAGUGCGCAGCCGGUUCAGUCGCCUGUAGCGCAUCUGGAAGCACGGCCAGCACCCUCCCGCCACUGCGAAGCGGAGCCGAGCUGGGUGGCAGCGGUGGCGGAAGCGCCUGCGGGAACGCAACGGCUGCUGCCGCGGCUGGGGGUGUGGGUCUGAGGGCGCACCCGGCAACAUGGCCGACAUCGUCGUCAGCGUCGCCGCGGCUGCUGUCGCCCCGCAUGGCUGGGGUUGCUCAUCCAGCUGGCAUGGCGGCAUCACCGCACGCCGGCAGCAGCAACACUUGCACCGCACGGCCGCUCUUUGAGUCAUAUCAUGAGCGGGAUAUCGAGCGGCGGCUCCGCCAAGCGGUAUUUGGGUUGCAAACGGCACCAGGAGGGGCAGCAACGGGGUGUCUCUCUCCUCCACAACAAAUGCCGGCACCGCCUAUGCCGGCUGUUGCGACGCCUGGCACUGAGAUGGGGCUUGCGUCACCCCGGCAGGCAGGUGUCGGCACUGCGGCCGGGUCUGCAGGUGCGGGUGGGGCCGCUCAGCAAGGGCCGUGGUUAUGGUGGCCUGCCACGGGCGCUUCGGCGGCGGCUACGACGCCUCUGGACGCGGAUCUCUGCGCACGUGACCUGCUGCUGGGCCGCGCCAGGCGGCCUGUCUUUCGGCAGGCGCCGUUCGCUUUGCUGGAACCCACGGUUCUCCAGGCUCAAGGGGCGUCAGAGGCAGUGGUCUCGACUCCUGUGCGUGUGAGCCUGAUGGCUCCAGAACCCGCAGUGCUGCCUGCGCCCACGGCCGCAGCAGCGCAUGGAGCUGACCGGUCGACUGAUCAGCAGGAAGGAAGCAGAGGACAGGCAGUCACCGAUGUCGUGCAUGACUCGGAAGACACGGAGCCGGUAACCGUGGCGGACGAGGCAGGCAGCGACGCUUCCAAUGCCACGCAGGAGGCGGUGCAGUCUCCGGCACGCACCGCUGUGCAGCGCAUUCUGGAGGAGGCAGCAGAAGACGCGGCUGAUGCGCCGCUGAUGGGACAACUGACGCUGGGAAUGUGGACGCAGCGGGCCUCUGGAGGUGAGCUGCAAGAGGCCGGAGGGCAGCAGCAUGAGCUGCAGAGCGACCAGCCGCAAGCAGCGCCGCUGCAUGUGCAGCAGCAGGACCCGUUAGAGGAUCCAAUGCGACAAGGAGCGUUGGUGGCGGCAGAUCAGGAGGUGCAGCAGUUGGAGGGGCACUGCCCGCUAUCCGGGCAGUGCAAUGAAGACGUGGCUUUGUUAGUCCAGCAUCAGCAGCAGGAGGAGGCAGAAACCCAGCGCGGACGACCGUCCAGCAACAGCAGCAGCUGUUCUGGUGGACAGCCUGAUGCUUCGACAGCCGAGCCUUUGACAGCUGGCUCAGCAGCAGCAUGCGAGCUUGCAGGGGAGCUGGAUGGUGGGUUUCAGCUGCCUGCUGCUGCUCCUUUGGCUGCUGCUGCCAAUGCGGCUGCAGACGACUCAACCAGCCGCUGUACGAGUAAGGAGUGCGCAUUUCCAGUCGGCCCAACGUCAGAGGUGCAGCACGCUGACGGCCAGCUUGCGGUUGCUAAUGGACAGGAUGCAGAGCAUUCUAGCCAACACGGACAACACGAACAGCUUUCCACCCAGCCGGCUUGUCCGGCGGUAAGGGCCGGCAGCAUGCAUGCUUUCCAAGUUGCACUUCCCACGCCUGUGGCAGCAGGUAGCCCCGGCACCGCGGACGUCUCCAUCAGCCACGACCCCAGGCCUGCCAUCUUCCCUGAUCAGAACCCCCAGUACCCUCCUCCUCAGCCAGCCUCGCCCGCCAUCGCCGUCGCCUCACCCGUUCACCUCCACCCCAACGCGGCGCUCUUUGGCAACCUUCGCGGCCUGCCCGGAGCGAUUCCUGUCCUCGGCAACGCCGCUGUGUUGCUGCUCAACCCCGGUCUGCUGCGCCACCCACUGGGCUCCAACAGCAGCCCAGGGGACUGCACCAGCGCCUGUUACGGCCCCCUUGCCAUGCCCGUCAUGUACGGAGCCUACAACCGGGGCCCUCCGUCGCAAGCGGUCGCCACGGUGCUGGCAUGCUUGGGGCAUAACCCAGCUGAGGUGUCCCCUGCGCAUGUCGUCGGACCCACAGCGGGCGCGGCGGAGAUGCGGGAGCAGCAGUCUUGGGACCCCAUGGAUGGUGGAGACCUGCUGCAGCAGCUGCGGCAGCGCCGGCAGCGACUGAACGGGCCGCUGGGGCAGAGGCGGUACAUGACGUCGCCUGGCGACCCGCUGUCGCAGCAGCUGGCUCAGCUGUUGUCCCUGGACGAAGCACCUGAGCAGCAGGAGCAGCCGGCGACACCAGUCUCCGUUGCAGGCAGCCAGUCCGCUGCUCCCGGCGCGCCGGCGGGUGCUGCAUGCAUCGUGAGUGCGGCUGCAACGGACACAGCAACGGCGGCACCGGAUGGCAACUGUCGUGUAACCGCUGACGCUGAGGACGCGGGCGUGAAGUGCACCACCACGAGUCCAUGGGAGUCGCCCGUGGCUGCGGCGGCUGCGAUGGGUUCUACACAGGUGCCGGCGGAGUUGAGCCCGGCCAGGACUGUAGGCAGCAGCGCUGGAAAGGGGAAAGGGGAGGCGACAGCAGUGGCUGUUACGCCUGCCGGCGUUGCUGCCGGUGGUAGCAGCGCAUGGCCGCACACGCCGCCACACGUAACUUGCUCGACGCUGUCGCCAAUCGCUUCUUCCUUAUCCUCGACAACGCUGCCAACGUUUGGUGCGACAUCGGUGGAUAUGAUGGCUGAGCAAGAGCCACGAUGGCAUCAAGGGCUGUACGAUCCCGAGUCGCCGUUGGUGGCUGGUCAGGAAGGAACGCCGGCGCUGUCCAAUGAGGUGCUGCCGCAUGGUAGCUUUGUAACGAAUGUAUGGUUGGAGAAGGGUCAGCUGCAGCAGGCGGGCUGGCCAGCGUCGGGCGCGUCUGGUCCUGAAGGGCCGUUAGCAACGAAGGUGGCGGAGCGGCUUAUGACGAAUAACCCGCUGUUUCAGCGCGGGGAAGUUGCCGGCCAGGGAGAUGAUGUUACACAGGGGGCCGACAGCGCUCGUGAAGAAGAGGAUGUGUGAGGCACUGUGUGUAUUGUGUCUGCUACAAGUCAGUCCAAAAGAGUGUAUGAGGGUGAAGGAGCGUCACUACUGUGUUUUGUGGGAAUGUGUCGUGUGCGCUUGCUUCCCGGCUUUGGCGCCAGUGGCAUUGGAUGGUUCUAACUGCAGCCUUGCGAAAUAGGCUAGGUUUGGUGGCACGAGUAUGUAUUACAACGCUUACAGUUGGCGUAGGAUGAAACUUGGUAUGCUUGUCUGAUACCGUGUCUGUGGUAAACAUUGACAAACAAUGAUGAUGAUGUCUCAAGAUUACAUGUAGUUCCAGUCGACUAUCGAUGCACCCAGGACUUGAACAUCAUGUGGCGUGGCCCAAGGGACGGGCGACUUUUCUUAACGACAAUUAUACCUGAAUCUUGAUGAAUACCAUAGGUAUGGUAUAGCGGUUUUGCUUUAUGUUAAAUUAAUGGAUUACAG